AUGACGCGCAUCUCGUUCGACGGCCAUGGAGAAACUCACCGCAGAGGAUCCGACUUCCCGGGCAACUACCAGAUCAAGUUUGACGGGCUUCCCGACCGCAACCUCGUCGACGCCAAGCAGGAAGUUACCAGCCAGUGGGAUAUCGCCAAGCUCCGACGUGUUGAACGCGCGAACGUGGGUUUAGUGGUAUACUGGAUUCGCAAGGAGUUGCUGUCCUCUCUGGCCCCUGAAGCAGCCGACGCGCCUCGCCUCGCGGGUGAGCAGGGGAACAAGAUGGAUCGUGAGUCCGCUGACAACUCCAGUCUCACGUACAUCUGGCUUUCUAUCGAUGGCUGGAAGGGAAUUCAGAUGGCCUACUUGGCGUACCAGCAGCAGGGCCCUGUUGUGGGUGACAUACACGUGUGCAACAAGCCCGACCGUGGAGAACAAGGUCAGUGGCGAAUUAGCAAUCCGUCACCCGACCACCCACCGGCGAUUGCCAGACGAAUCGAUGGCCGGACCGCCAAUGCCCCGAGCCGAGCGCGUAACCCGGAGCGUGAGCGGCUGUUUCAGUGGAAACGACUUCGACCUCAGCCGAGACAGGUGUCGCUUCUCUGGGACGAUACUACGUCGAACUUCUUCCGCACUGCUAUCAGUCUGGUGGAACAAGAUGUGAGCCUGGCGCAAGAGGUCGUCAAGGAGAUGGCCGCUGACGGUCGGCUGCCGCUCGUCAGAGAUGUCAUUGAGGGAGUCGCUUCAGCUAGAACGCCCGAGGCCAAAGCUCUUCUCUGGGAAUCGCGUAUUUCGCCCCUGUUCCGAGUCUUGCUCCACCCGACUGUCGUAGACUCGGUGGUUCUCGAACAGGAAACGGCUGUGCUCUAUCGAUUGCUCCUGGGAGUUGACGCCACACGCCUGAAAACUCUCUUCAACUUUGUCUUCGAUGUCGUUGAUCACUGGUGCGAGUUGCCUUUCGAAGACACGGCUGUUUCUGCCAUGGAAGCACUUGCUCUAUCCUGCGGCGUCUUAGCCAAGGUUAUCAACACCAGCACCUCGAAUAUUGUCAAUGCCCUCUUUCACCCCAUUGUCGAAGGAAUCAAGCUGCGAUUAGAUGUUUUCGGCAACAAAGAUAGCGACUUCCAUACCCUGCAAGCGACAAGGCAUCUCGACUAUGUUUACCGUCGCCUGGGUAUCGGCCAAACUCUGGUCGACGCUGUCCAUAUCUCGGCUUCUUCUGGUGCCGUGGCCGAAUUCACUCUCAGUCAGGAUUUGCCUGGAAAACUUUCCAAACGCCGCGAGCGCCACGACAAUGACCACCAGGAUAUUUCGGAUAUCAAGCUCAUGCCUACCCACCAAGAAAUCAUGUCUUCUCGAGAUGAAUACUUGCCGGUCGCCAACCCCGCACAGCACCACUUGCAAGGCCUGCGAGGUUUGCUAGAUCGGCAUUUCCGCCUGUUGCGCGAGGACACACUCCAUGAUUUACGAAGCGCCAUUCGCACAACCGUGGAGUCAAAUGUCAAGGUGCGAGAUAUUCGGACACGAGUUGUUGCCUACGACAACGCCUUUGCUGUUGACAUGACCUUCGACAGAUGGUCAGGUGUUGAGUUCGUUAUCCAGAUUGACCAACCCCGACCCACAAGAGGUUUAGACAAAUUGCAACGCGGCACUUGGUGGGCAGGAAAGAGACUCAUGGAUGGAGCUCUUGUUUGUAUUGUCGAUGAAGUGGGUGGUAUUUUCUUCUUCCAGGUCUCAAAGUCGACCAUCAGAACUCCCAAAGAUGAGAACCAGCCGGGUCAAGGAGACAUCCAAGAGGAGAAUAAGAACGAUGCACCGCGCUACAGUCUGCUAGACGAUGAAAACCACGCAUACGUACAUCUACAUCUCGUCGACACAGGAAUCGACGAAAUCAAGAGAUCUCUCAGGUGGUUCAAGACCAUGCAGAUCGUCCGCCAGCAUCGUCGUCUUCUCGAAUUCCCGUCUAUCCUACUGGCUUCUUUCACCCCUCCGUUGAAGGCAUUGCAAAACAUGUCAAAGACCCUGGAUCUCCCUUUCCAAGGUCUCCUAACGCUUCGUGCUGGGAGUCGAACAGCGGAUAAUCCUCCCCCACUCUACUCCAGGCGACCUGAUUUCUCUUUCAAUCUCAGCUGCCUGUCGACUGAUGGCAGGGAACUUUCAUACACUCCCGGCGAUGCGAUCAAUCCAUCGCGUCUAAGCAGGCACUCCAGUCUUGAUAAGACUCAAUCCGAGGCCAUUCUCAAUUCACUCAGAAGAUCCUUCGCCCUGAUUCAAGGUCCCCCGGGUACAGGGAAGAGCUAUACCGGAGAAGCGCUCAUCAAAGUCUUGCUUGCCAACAAAUCGAAGGCAAAGCUGGGGCCCAUCAUGUGCGUUUGCUACACCAACCAUGCUUUGGACCAGUUGUUGGAACAUCUUUUGGAUGGUGGUGUCCAGAAUAUUAUUCGCAUUGGCUCCCGAUCAAAGUCCGACAGGUUGGCUCCUGUAAAUUUGAGAGCGGUGGCUCGAGACAUGACCCGCACGGCUGCCGAAAGUCGGGCUCUUUACAAAUCUGUCGAGACUUUGGACGGCGACACAGAACAGAUUCGCGGUACGCUUUCGGAUUUCAUCUUCAGCAGAGACAACGAAAAGAUUCGUCUUCACCUUGCCCAACACUAUCCUGCCCAGCACGAAGAGCUGAUGGGGCCAACCUUGCCGAACUUUGAUGAUGAAAAAGAGAGAUGGCAGACUGUAGACUACUCACGCGGCAAUGUAUUCAAGAAGUGGCUCGCUGGCGGCGCGCCUACCAAUACGACGCGCCCACUUCGGCGCUUGCGCCAAUUGAAGCUAGCCGACCUCUACCAUCAGGAACGUAUCCUGCUCUACCAAGAAUGGCUUGAUGAAGUGUUGAGAGGAGAGAUUGAUUCGCUGUCGAACAUGCACAAGGUUUACCAGGAACACAAAGAGAACAACAACAAAAUCAGGAGCUCCAUUGAUCUGCGUUGUCUUCAAGAAGCGAACAUCAUUGGUGUUACAACCACCGGUCUCGCCACCAAUCUUGACCUUCUUCGACGGGUGCACGGCAAGGUUCUUGUGUGCGAGGAAGCGGGCGAAGUUUUGGAAGCCCAUCUUUUGACCGCGCUCCUGCCGACUGUUGAGCACGCCAUUCUGAUCGGGGACCAUCUUCAGCUACGCCCUCAGAUACAAGACUGGAGACUCCAACGGGCAAACCCGGCUGGCUUCAAAUACUCCCUAGAUGUAUCGCUCUUCGAGAGACUUGUCCAACCACCUCCAAACGUACCGAGCAUCCCGUUCAGUGUCCUCGAUACGCAACGUCGGAUGCACCCAUCGAUAGCGGAACUAGUACGAUCAACAUUGUACCCAUCUUUGUCAGACUCUGAAAACGUGCAAGACUACCCCGAGAUCCCAGGCCUGGCUCGGAGGCUGUUCUGGCUUCACCACGAAAGCCCAGAAUCGGGGGGAAAGUCUGAUCAGGACUCUGUUGAGACGUCAUACUCCAACAAUUUUGAGAUUGAGCUUGUCUCGGCGCUUGUAUCCCAUCUGUUAAGGCAGGGUGUAUACAAAUCUGGGGAAAUUGCCGUCUUGACACCUUAUCUAGGACAACUGAACAAGCUACGACAGAAGCUCAGCUCCGUCAUGCAGAUCGUCAUCAACGACCGGGAUAUGGACGAUCUUGCUGAGAUGGAACCUGCUUCUGCUGCCCAAGGCAGCUUCACGAACGUGGGACAAGCCGCGAAAACAAAUGCUCUGAGCGGUGUUCGAGCCGCAACGGUCGACAAUUUUCAAGGCGAGGAGGCCAACGUUGUCAUUAUCUCACUUGUCCGCAGCAACAACGACAACAGGUGUGGAUUCCUCAGUACUUCCAAUCGCAUCAAUGUUCUGCUGUCUCGGGCUAAGCACGGCAUGUACAUCAUUGGCAAUUCACAUACCUCGAGCCAUGUCCCGAUGUGGGCGCAAGUCACGGAAAUCCUUCAGAACGGUGGCAACUUCGGCAACAGGUUGGAACUACAAUGCCCGCGACACCUUCAGAACAAGGGCUUUGUGUCACAGCCCGAAGAUUUCCUCCGAUUUUCUCCGGAUGGUGGUUGCGCCGCUCCUUGCGAUUGGAUCCCCUGCACCAAGCGGUGUACCGAGAUAUUGAAGUGCGGACAUCAAUGCCCCUCUGUCUGUGGUGAACGUUGUCCAGCCGAGAAGUAUUGCCAGACAUGCGCCGCGGAUGACAUCAAGAACAGGGUGGUCGAUCUCAUCCUCAUGGAUGACUACGUUUCAGUGGACCUGGACAAGGAGCCCUGCAUCUUCCCAGACUGUGGCCACUUCUACACUUACACGACCAUGGACGGACAGAUGGGUCUCCGGGAUCUUUACGAUGUCUCGCCUGAAGGAGUGCCGACGGCCGUCAAAUCGGGGUCCCACCCAUUCUCGGUGACUAACAUCAAAGUGUGCCCCGACUGCCGAGGGUCUCUAAGAAACAUAUCCAGAUAUGGGAGAAUCGUUCGACGUGGUCUUCUUGAUGAGUCGACGAGGAAGUUCAUCAGCUGGGCCCACAGCGUCAAGCAGAAGUUGACAGACGCGUUUUUCGCUGCACAAGACAACCUGCAGAAGAUGGAGAAGAAUAAAUUCAGCUUUCCUACCACGCAGUUGGGGUUUCCCAUGUCCCAGUCGGCAUUUGCUCUCAGAGGAUCUCGGCAGCAACAAAUGACCCACCUCUUCAAGCUCACGGGAAAUACCAGGCACGCGGUACUCAAGACGCUCCGAAAUCAGGUCACCAAUUUUCUCGGGUCAGUAAGGAAAGAAGAGCAGCCGUAUCAGCGCGUGGCACACUUGGUCUGGCACGUAAACAAGCGGCGGCAAACCAGCGACUACUCAUUUGACGAGUCGGCAAUUCAAAUGGGUGGAAUGCUGGACGCCAUGACGCUCUCGCUACGGUGUGAUCUUCUCCUGGUCUCUGACUAUAUCAGUCUAUGCCGCAACAUGACCGACAACGACAGCGACGGUGCCAAGUCCGCCAGCAUUGAUCCCAUGCCAUACAUCAAGGACUGCCAGCGACUGAUUGAGACUGCACGAAUGAGAAAUUAUUCUCGGCUGCAAGUUGAAGGCCACAUCUGCCUCGCCAUGUUUUGUUACUUUGCACCGCCUGACGAUGCUAAGCCGACGACUGACGCACCAGAGGCACCUAAAGCAGAAAACUCAUCCACGAAAGAAAGUAUGAUCAAGCUCGGCGAGGACCACCUUUUAGAAGCUGAGAAGAUCAUCAAAGCAAAUCCGUCCGCAGCCACGAUGGCCUCCGAAGUCGAGACCGCGAGGCGCAUGCUCUGCGACGGAGUCUUCUACAGCGAAGUCUCCACUGACGAAAUGCGAGCCGUCUACGCAGCCAUGAGCAAGGAGUUCUCGGGAACAGGGCACUGGUACACAUGCCGCAACGGACACCCCUUCACCAUUGGAGAGUGUGGUAUGGCGAUGCAGCAGACGGUGUGCCCGGAGUGCAACGCUCCGGUCGGCGGCCGGAAUCACUCUUCGGCGGAAGGCGUGAGGCAUGCGGUGGAGAUUGAUGCACUUGCGCGCGGCAUCGGAAGAAUGGGAUUCUGA